AUGCCCUCAGAUAAAAAGAAUUACACACCGUUGCCGAAGGGACUUGAAGGUGCCAGUAACGGUUCUGUUGAGUCGCAUUCGGCAGAAUCUCUGCCCUCGGCACCAGUGAGUAUUGAGGCCAAUUCCGGUCAAAUGUCCGAAGAUCCUCCUCCAUAUGAACAAGGGGGCUUUGAGCAGUUUGAAAUAGAGGACCCGGUUGCCUUGGAAGCCUCAUCUUCUCGACCGGGACUUCUGGGGAAGGCUGAGGAUUUGGCCAGAAACAUCAACACGAGAAUAUUUACGCCCAUAAACGAAGCCCUCGACCCGGUAUAUGAGGCAUGGCGCUAUAUAAGCAGCAAGAUAGAUGCAUGCAUUUCCAAGGUGGGAAAUCCCUUAAUAGUGAAACGACUACUGUACGUUCUAUUUGUCGCCGUCCUCAUCUAUAUGAUAUCUGCAAGUAGUGUCUAUGGCAGGAACAACAGUUAUUACGGUUCUUUUCACGACUUGAAUGUUCUUUCUCAAUACAUUGAAGAUAAAAUUGAUCCUCAUCGUCUUGAGGAGAAUCUGGAGUAUCUUUCUUCCAUGCCUCAUAUGGCAGGAACGGCUGGUGACUUAUCCCUCGCUCGUUAUAUCGAAGAGUAUAUUAAGAAGACAAAUAUUCGCCAGCUUGAUGGACAGCCCUUCCAGGCUUUCACUGAAUAUCCUUCCAACGAUUCCUUUGUGAAUUUAGUGGGAUCUGAUGGUCAGAUAGUGUAUAACUGUUAUCUUGUGGACAGUGUCCAGGAUGGAACGGAUGUUGAAGAGAGGGACGAUAACAAAGAAAUUCAAGAAAUUCAAGAAGAAACCAGUAAGGAUAGCAACGACAAACCUAAUGAUAUAUCCCACUGGUCAUUCAAUCCUGGCUCUCGUUCAGGUUCUGCAACAGGUAAAGUUGUGUAUGCAAACUACGGUCUUCGUCGUGAUUACGACACUCUUGAAUCCUAUGGCAUUGAUCUCUCUUCAUUUGUUGCCUUAGUAAAAUACGGUGGAGGUAUCCCAGAUUACAAGAAGAUCCAGUAUGCCAAGGCAAGGGGUGCCGUUGCCGUUCUUUUCAUAAGUGAUCCUGUUUCAGAUUCGCCUUAUUCGCUCUAUUCCAUUCAAAGAGAGCCUGUUGCGUAUCCGGAUAUUGCUUCCGGCAAUAUCAUUGAUCCAGGUCCAGGAUCUGCCGACAAGAUCCCCGACUAUUUUGAUUCCGACACGCUUUUAGCUACUUCCUCUGCUUAUCCAGAGAUACCUUCUAUUCCUAUUUCAUGGGCCGAUUUUAUAGAAAUCAUGGAUAAAGUGAAAGAAACUGGCGUACAUAUUUCUGACUGGAAUGUACAGAUUGGCGAUAAGAAAGUGGAUAUUUGGACUGGUAGUGAUCAAUUUAAGGUCAAUAUGGCCAAUGAGCUCGUCCAGCGUCCGUUCAAAGAGAUGUGGAACGUUAUAGGUAGAAUUGACGGCAGUGAGCAGGAUGCUCUCGCUGUAGUUAUUGCUGCAAAUAGGGACUCUGCUUGCUAUGGUGCCAGUGAGGCAUCCGGAACUGCUGUCUUGCUUGAAUUAAUGAGUGUUUUGUCCGAGAUGAAAGCGUCUAUGAAAUGGUCUCCUCUCAGAUCGAUCUAUUUCAUAUCCUUCUCUGGAUCCAAGUACAAUCAAGCGGGCGCUGCCAAUUUAGCUGUCCGAAGAUCCGAAUUCUUUAAAAGGAACGUCUUUGCUUAUAUCGAUUUGAGUGACGCUGUGGCGGGAUCCAAAAUCAAUUUCUCUGGGGAUCCGUUGUUCUACAAUACGAUGAUCAAUUUACUUCAUGAUACCAUGGAUCCAAUUCAGAAUGUCAGUCUCAGUGAUAUGUGGGAUAAGAAAUACGACUACUCGUUGGAUGUCACCAAGAGUUAUAUGCCGUUCGUUUCACACUUUAGUAUUCCUUCUUUGGAUCUUAGCUUUGAGGGAUCCGGCGAAAGACGAUACCCCAAAAACUCGUGUCUAGACACUUUUCAGCGGUUCAAAAAGAUGGAUAUGGACUCUGAGAUGAACUAUCACAAGACUCUAACGAGCCUUCUGGCCAAGGUUCUUUUGGAAUUAUCUGAUAAGCCUAUUAUUCCUCUGGAUAUCUAUGCGUUAGUAUCUUUGAUGAAUGAAAACGCCAAAGAUCUUCGAAAUUAUGCGAACUUGAAGCUGAAGAACUCUAAUAUCCAUCUUGACUUUUCUAAGUUCGAGCAGGCCCUAGUUAGAAUGAAAGAAAUGGGUCGUGAACAGCAAUCCUUUUUUAGUACCUGGAUGGAAAUUGUGGAUUCCUCGUCCGGUAUUGAGCCUAAUCUACUUGCAGUUAAUAGAUGGGACUGGAAUACGAGGUUGAGUGUGCUUCAGAAAAUAUUAUCAUCUUCCGACGGAAUUUAUAAUAGGCCUUGGUGUCGAAAUAUGAUAUUUGGACAACAGCUGAAUCUACCCGAGGAGUAUGAUGAUUCGGGAAAUCUUAUUACCUUCCGGUACAAUAGUUACCCUGGCGUCAGAGAUGCUCUUAAUGAUGGAAAUUGGAAAGAUGCUCAGACAGAGUUGGACAGAACUACCAGCUUGAUUAAUGAGCUCGCCAGUGUAUUCCAGAUUCCUUGA